GCUCUCUCAGUCAUCUAAUUUCACAUUUUCUGACAGAUCAAUGGAAGAAACCAAAACCUUUCCGACAUACUUCUGCAGAAAUUGCCUCAUCCCUCUGGCUCUCGGUGAAGAUCUUCUCUCCAAAAGCUUCAAGGCGAGUUCAGGACCGGCGUUUAUGUUCGCGCACGCGAUGAACGUCGUGGUCGGGCCGAAGGUGGAGAGGAAGAUGAUCACCGGACCGUACGUCGUGGCCGACGUGAUGUGCAGCAAGUGCGGCGAAACUAUUGGAUGGAAAUACGUCGAAACCUUCUCUCUCAACCAGAGGUAUAAGGAAGGCAUGUUUGUUCUUGAGAAGCUCAAGAUGACCAAGAAAUAUUGAACCCUAAAGUCUCGUUUGAAAAAGGGGCCCUUGUUGGAAUUCUGCGUUAUUGUUGUUGUGUGAUUGUUACAAAAACAUGGUAUUCGCUCAUUUUGUCUCUCCAUUGUGUAAGAAUAUCGUUAUUAGUAUUAUGUACAACCAUGUUACAAGAUGA